AUGGCCCACGAUCACGCCGAACACGAGCAGACUCCGGAGCAGCUCCAGGUUCAAUUCGAGCAGCUCAGCUUGCUUGAGUCGGAAUUUGAGGAUGCCGAGUCUGAAGUUAUCCGCAAGGCCGAAGCUAUCAAGGCUCCUCUCUACAAGAAGCGCACCGACUUUGUCGCCAAGGUCCCUCACUUCUGGUCGCUAGUCUUCGAGCAAUGCCCACAAGAGGUCGAGAAUUUCAUCCAACCUACCGACUCCGAAGUCUUUGCAGAGUGCUUUGAGACAUUCGAGGUCUCUCGCUUCGAAGUCGACGAUCCCAAGGGCUCGCCGCGCAGCUUCUCGCUCAAAUUCGGAUUCUCAGAGAACGAGUGGUUCGAGGACAAGACAUUAGAGAAGAAGUUCUGGUACCGUCACACCAAGGACUGGGAUGGUCUCGUCUCGGAGCCAGUUAAGAUCCACUGGAAGAAGGGCAAAGACCUGACCAGCGGUCUGACAGACGCGGCGGUCAAGCUCCAUGAGGCAAGGCAGAAGACCACAGAUAGGAAGAAGGAGGUGUCUCUGCCAGAGUACAAGGAGCUUGCCAAGAAGAUUGAGACUGCCGAAGAUGCCUCAGUAAGCUUCUUUGGUCUCUUCGCCUUCGUCUCGGGCUACCGAUGGGUCAGCGCUGAGGAGUCCGAGACGGCCGUCAAGCAUGACAAGGAGCAGCUCGCCAAGAUCAGGGCUGGUGAGAAGGUUGACGAGGAAGAGGAAGAAGACGACGAGGAUCCUCAGGACUACCAGGAAACCGAGGUCUUCCCCGGAGGCGACGAGGUUGCAACCAUCAUUGCCGAGGACAUGUGGCCCAAUGCUCUCAGAUACUACAAGCAGCACUUCGAAGAGGACGGUGGAGAGUUCGACGAUGAGGAACUCUCGGAUCUCGAUGUUGACAUGGACGAGGACGACGAGUCCGGCGAGGAAGUCGACAUUCGCGCGUUAGUAGGUAAGGGCAAGAAGGGCGAUGAACCGCCCGCUAAGAAGCAGCGCAAGGCUUAG